GCGUUUUACGCCCUCGUACGUGCGCGUAUGCGCAUAUGCGGCGAGGGCCUAAAAAAUGCUGAGUGGUAUCUGGUAUCGCGGCUCGCGGCGCGAGUAGCGACCGUAUGGCGGAGCAGCUGUCGCGUUGCUGUUAAAAAAUAAUUUUUCUCUCCCUCAUCCUCCUUGAUUGCUAAGCCUGCACUGGCUCUGUGGAUAGAGAAAAAGAGAGAGAGAGAAAGCGAGAGAGAGGCAGUGUCGCUGAUGACAAGUUAUUUUUUGCGCACAAGGCGCGACAUCCACAUACGCACAUAAUGCCGGGGAAAUCAAGAAUAUCGCGGUUAAAUUGAUGAUAAGUCGCAGUACGUAAUGGGUAUGUUGCCACGAUCCUCUUCGAGCAAGUAAAAGAUAUAAUCACCUGGAUCUUCGUGUAUGCCUAGAUUAUUACGUUAUUACCAAUUCGGAGGAUGGUGUGAUCUGGUAGCAAUUUGGGUUUGUUUUUCAUGUUGAGAGGCUUCUCUUCCCAAGUAAAGAUUAGUUAUGGCUGAUACAGCUAUAACUGUCGAAUCGGAGUCCGAUGCCGAGCCUAGUAGAUCCAGUGUUGCACAAACUAAUCAUCAAAAUGGAAUACUUAUGACACAUUCACACACACCUCAGAGCUCUAGUGGCCCAAUCAGAUUGGGAUUCAAUUUCAAUCCUAUGGAGGAUUCAAGAAGAAUUAUUGCUCAUAACCUUUCUACAAUAGGAGAGAUUAGCCCUUUAAUAAACUUAUCUAGAUCUCGACCAGCCUUAUCUUUACAAGAGUGGAUCAAUCCAAAUCAUCAAAGACAAGUUCAGUCUACAUCUCCUAUUAGUCCUGAAAAUCCCAGUAGCACUGUUAUAAAUAUAGAAAAUCAUGAACAAAAUUUUGUCAUGGAAAAUCAUCAACCUAUGAAUAAUGAUCAUCAGCACCAUUCUUUCACAGACAACCUAGCUAAUAACAUAAGAGAAACGGCUAAUGGGCCAAGUCAAAAUAACAACAAUAAUAAUAAUAAUUCAGAUGGGAAUUCCUCUGUGGCUAUCAGUGUUGAAGCUAGAGCAACACAUAAGAAUUUAGAGAAUUACAUUACAUUUUUAGGAAUAUUAUUGACCAAGUUUAUAUAUGAAAACGGUGCGGAAAUACUAAAUUUUGUUUUACUAGUUGUUACCUUUAUACAAGCUAAUAAUGAUUUAAAAAGAGAAAUAUUAAAACAGCAGAAUCGUAGUCAUAUGGUGCUACUUGGCAUUCUCUGUUACAUUAUAGGCUGUUUUGUUUUUAUCAAUUUUGUCUUCAAAGAACCUAUAUUCUUCUCCUACUCACCACCCAAGACUAUUUCACAACUACUAUGGACAGUAGCUGUAACUGAUUAUGUUCUGAAACUAAUUACUGUUGCUUUCAAAGUUCUUAUGACUUUAUUACCUAUUAAAAUACUACCUUGUCACAAAAGGGGAAAGUAUUAUUUAAUGAUAGAAGCUGCUUCUCAACUAUAUCGUUGUGUUGCGCCUCUAAAUCCGUGGUUCUAUUAUUUGUAUUUAGUUUAUAAUGGUCCUGAUAAGGUGCUAGGAAUUGUCCUUUUUUUAAUGUAUGGAGUUCACAAGAGUGGAGACUUUUUCUCGCACAUCAAGUUCUUUUUUGAAUGUGCAUGGAAAAUGUUACAGAAUGUGAGUUUGGGUACAUCUCCUACAAAAGAGCAAAUAAUUGCAGCUGGUGGUAUAUGUGCUAUAUGCCAUGAAGAAUAUUCCACACCCGUGAGGCUUUAUUGUAACCAUAUCUUCUGUGAAGGAUGCGUAACUACAUGGUUGGAUAGAGAGAGGUCCUGUCCCUUGUGUCGUGCAUCUAUAACCGACGAUCCUAUUUAUAGAGAUGGUCAUACAACGCAUUUUGUUCAACUGUAUUAAUUACUUUUAAUGACAAGUGUUUCUAAUUUUGGAAUUAAGAAAUUUAUUUUCAAGGUUUGUUUUUUUUACGAGUUAUAUUAUCUGCAUUUCGACAGAUAUUGCUUAGAAACUUUUAUUUUUCAAUUCUAUCUAAACGACUGACCAUAACUAUUUACUUUUGUAAACAAUAUUGGCGUACAUGAAAUAAUGUUCAGUUCGUUUAAUUUUGUAUAUUCUGAAAUUAGAAUCCUAUACUGAAAAUAAUUUUUGUAAAUGAUAAACAAUAAGGAAAUUUAGCGUGUAAAGUCCAAGAUUUGAUUGCAUUUUUUUAUUACUGGAAAUUCUUUAGAUUAUUAAUUUUUUUCGUUCGUACCGUUGUGAUUAUGUAAAAUGGACAUAAUGUAUAAAAGAAUUACUAUCAAAUUACAAAUCUAAUGCAUUCUAAGAUUAACGUUUUAUUCACAAAGAUUAUUCAAUCUAAUUUACAAAGACUAAUUGAAAUAAUCUUGAAUAAUUUGAAAGAAAUUGCGUGAACAAUUUAUUUUUUAAUUUGUUGGGCGAAGAUACGAAAAAAAGUUAAUAUUUUUUAGUAAUAAUUCAAUAUGAUAUUUAUAGAAAGGUGUACUUACUUGUUUGGCCAGUAAAUUGUAAA